CCACGCGCACGCCCGUGGGACCCCAGGACCUGCGGCCAGCGCGCGGGGCCUCCGCCCCCUUCGUCACUCCCGCGCCAGGCCCGGCCGGGGGACCAAGGGGACCGGACCGCCGGGAACCAAGCGCCGUGUCUGCAGUGUGGGCGGGGGCCGAGAGGGGCCGCGGCCGCCGCGCCGGGAGCCGCCGUGGUACCGAGCGGGGCCCAACAUGGCGGAGCGGGAGGUGGAGACCGGCCCCCGAAAGAGGUUUGAACAGAAAAGUGAUGCAGUUUUUGAUGAAAUUGUAGAGAACUGUGGUGUCAUGGAUACAGAAAUGUCUGAAGAUACAGACCACAACUUAACUCCUACCCUUGCCAGCAUGUCUUAUGGAGUGCCGAAUCAAACAGGAUCUGAGAAUUCAUUGCUGGAUGAAGAUGAUUAUUUUUUGAACUCUGGGGAUCUUGCAGGAAUUCCAGUCGUUAGUAGUGACAAUGAGGAUGAACAGGAUUUUAGUUCAAAGGACAAUCUUGUUUCUUCAAUUCAUACUGAUGAUAGUUUGGAAGUAGAGAGAAGAGCCUCUCAUCAUGAGUCAGACAAUGAAAAUGAAAUACAAAUUCAAAAUAAAUUAAAAAAAGACUUUCCUAAACAGUUUGAUCAGGUUUCUGUCUUUAAAUCAAUACGAAAAGAUUUUUGUUUAGUAAGAGAAAACAGCAAAGAGACAUUUUCUGGAAAGGAGAAAAAUAGAGACCUAACUUAUCAUGAACGUGAAAAACGGUUGGAUAAACCCCAUAAAGGUUUGGAUUCAAGGUUGAAAAGCAGUUUUUUUGAUAAAGCAGCUAAUCAAGUUGAAGAAACAUUACAUACUCAUUUACCACAAAACCCAGAAACAAACUUUAGGGACUCCAGCUACCCAUUUGCCAAUAAAGAAUCUAUUGGUUCGGAACUGGGGAAUUCCUUUGCAUCAAAUAUUAGAAUUAAAGAAGAACCUUUGGAUGAUGAGUAUGACAAAGCAGUGGCGCCUCAGCAGGGACUACUAGACAGAGUUAAAGAUGAACCUGAAAAUGCUCAAGAAUAUAGUCAUGGGCAACAGCAGAAAAUUCAAGAGGGGGAACUAAAAAUAAGUGCUGUGUUUUCAGUCAGUGGCAGUCCUCUUGCUCCACAGUUGACUACUGGCUUUCAGCCUUCUCUGGCAUCACCUGGCAUGAAUAAAAUGCUUCCUUCAGUUCCAGCUACAGCUGUUCGAGUUUCCUGCUCUGGUUGUAAAAAAAUCCUCCAGAAGGGGCAGACUGCUUAUCAGAGGAAAGGGUCUACUCAGCUCUUCUGCUCCACUCUGUGCCUCACUGGCUACACAGUGCCACCUGCCCGCCCACCACCUCCUCUCACCAAGAAGACUUGUUCAAGUUGCUCAAAAGACAUUUUAAAUCCAAAGGAUGUGAUCAGUGCCCAGUUUGAAAAUAGCACCAGCAGUAAGGAUUUUUGCAGUCAGUCAUGCUUAUCAACAUAUGAACUGAAAAAAAAACCCAUUGUUACCAUAAAUACAAGUAGCAUUUCAACCAAGUGCAGCAUGUGCCAGAAGAACGCGAUUAUUCGGCAUGAAGUUAAUUACCAGAACGUGGUCCAUAAACUUUGCAGUGAUGCCUGUUUCUCUAAGUUUCGCUCUGCCAACAACCUUACCAUGAACUGUUGUGAGAACUGUGGGGGUUACUGUUACAGUGGCUCUGGACAGUGCCAUGUGCUCCAGAUUGAGGGACAAUCUAAGAAGUUUUGUAGUUCAGUGUGUGUCACCUCCUACAAGCAGAAAUCAGCCAAAAUAACACCAUGUGCGCUUUGCAAAUCAUUGAGAUCCUCAGCAGAAAUGAUUGAGAAUACCAAUAGCUUGGGGAAGACAGAACUUUUCUGUUCUGUUAAUUGCUUAUCUGCUUACAGAGUUAAAAUGGUUACUUCUGCAGGUGUACAAGUUCAGUGUAACAGUUGUAAAACCUCAGCAAUCCCUCAGUAUCAUCUAGCCAUGUCAGAUGGAAGUAUACGCAACUUCUGCAGCUACAGUUGUGUGGUAGCUUUCCAGAAUUUGUUCAACAAACCAACUGGAAUGAACUCUUCAGUAGUGCCCUUGUCUCAGGGCCAAGUGAUCGUGAGCAUCCCCACAGGUCCAGCAGUGUCUGCAGGUGGAGGAAAUACCCCUGCUGUGUCUCCCACCUCCAUCAACAGCUCUGCUGCGGCUGGUCUCCAGCGACUGGCUGCCCAGUCCCAGCAUGUUGGGUUUGCACGAAGUGUGGUGAAGCUUAGGUGUCAACACUGUAACCGUCUUUUUGCCACAAAGCCGGAGCUUCUUGACUACAAGGGUAAAAUGUUUCAGUUCUGUGGCAAGAAUUGUUCUGAUGAAUAUAAGAAAAUCAAUAAUGUAAUGGCAAUGUGUGAAUACUGUAAAAUUGAGAAAAUUAUAAAGGAGACUGUGCGGUUCUCAGGUGCUGACAAGUCAUUUUGUAGUGAAGGUUGCAAAUUGCUUUAUAAACAUGACUUGGGGAAGCGCUGGGGAAGCCACUGUAAAACGUGCAGCUACUGUUCACAGACAUCUCCCAAGUUGAUACAGAACAACCUGGGUGGGAAGGUAGAGGACUUCUGUGGGGAAGAGUGCAUGUCCAAGUAUACAGUUUUGUUUUAUCAGAUGGCCAAAUGUGAUGGUUGCAAGAGACAGGGUAAACUCAGUGAGUCACUGAAAUGGCGAGGUGAAAUAAAACACUUUUGUAAUUUGCUUUGUAUCUUGAUGUUCUGUCAUCAGCAAACUGUAUGUGACCCACCUUCACAAAACAAUGCAGCAGGUAUUUCCAUGGUUCAAGCUGCUUCUGCAGGACCCCCAUCACUCAGAAAAGAUUCUACUCCAGUUAUUGCUAAUGUGGUCUCUUUGGCAAGUGCUCCUGCUGCUCAGCCCACUGCAAAUGCCAACAGCGUAUUACAAGGUGCAGUUCCAACAGUAACAGCAAAAAUCAUUGGGGAUGCAAGUACUCAAACAGAUGCCCUGAAACUUCCACCUUCCCAACCUCCAAGGCUUUUAAAGAACAAAGCUUUAUUGUGCAAACCCAUCACACAGACUAAAGCCACUUCAUGCAAACCACAUACUCAAAACAAAGAAAGCCAGACAGAAGACACUCCAAACGAGCCGCAGGUCAUGGUGGUCCCCGUCCCCGUGCCCGUGUUUGUUCCUAUACCUCUUCAUCUUUAUACCCAGUACACUCCUGUCCCCUUUGGGAUCCCCGUUCCCAUGCCUGUACCCAUGCUUAUUCCAUCCUCCACGGAUAAUGGAGAUAAAGCCGCUGAGAGUGUUGAAGACAUUAAAGAGAAACUUCCCACACAUCCAUUUGAAGCAGAUCUCCUUGAGAUGGCAGAAAUGAUGGCAGAAGAUGAAGAGAAGGAAAAGACUCUGUCCCAGGGAGAAUCUCAAACUUCUGAACAAGAACUCUUUCUAGACACCAAGAUAUUUGAAAAAGACCAAGGAAGUACGUAUAGUGGUGAUCUUGAGUCAGAGGCAGUAUCCACUCCUCAUAGCUGGGAGGAAGAGCUGAAUCAUUACGCCUUGAAGUCAAAUGCUGUGCAAGAAGCUGAUUCAGAACUGAAACAAUUCUCAAAAGGGGAAACAGAACAGGAUCUGGAGGCAGAUUUUCCAUCAGAGUCCUUUGACCCACUUAGUAAAGGACAGGGGAUCCAGGCACGAUCUCGAACAAGACGAAGACACAGAGAUGGCUUCCCCCAGCCCCGACGAAGAGGGAGGAAGAAGUCUGUAGUGCCUGUGGAGCCCAGGAGUCUCAUUCAAGGAGCCUUGCAAGGGUGUUCAGUGUCUGGAAUGGCACUGAAGUACAUGUACGGGGUGAACGCAUGGAGGAACUGGGUUCAGUGGAAGAAUGCCAAGGAGGAGGAGGUGGACCUGAAGCGUGGGGGAAGUGAACAUGCCUCUCCUAGUCCGUGUUCUGACUCCUUAGGAAGUUCUCAAGAUCAGGUACUCUCUCAGGAAUCGUCAGAGCAAGGUUGUAAAGUCCGCUCUAUGAAGCUGAAGGAAGAUAUUCUAUCCUGCACGUUUACUGAGUUGAGUUUGGGCUUAUGCCAGUUUAUCCAAGAGGUGCGGAGACCAAAUGGUGAAAAAUAUGACCCAGACAGUAUCUUAUACUUGUGCCUUGGAAUUCAGCAGUACCUGUUUGAAAAUGGUAGAAUAGAUAACAUUUUUACGGAGCCCUAUUCCAGAUUUAUGAUUGAACUUACCAAACUAUUGAAAAUAUGGGAGCCUACAAUACUUCCUAAUGGUUACAUGUUCUCUCGCAUUGAGGAAGAGCAUCUGUGGGAGUGCAAACAGCUGGGCGCUUACUCACCAAUUGUCCUGUUAAACACCCUCCUUUUUUUCAAUACCAAAUACUUCCAACUAAAGAAUGUUUCUGAGCACCUGAAGCUUUCCUUUGCCCAUGUGAUGAGACGGACCAGGACUCUGAAGUACAGCACCAAGAUGACGUACCUGAGGUUCUUCCCACCUUUACAGAAGCAAGAGUCAGAGUCAGAUAAACUAACUAUUGGCAAGAGGAAACGAAGUGAAGAUGAAGAGGCUCCAGUGGGCGUGGAAAUGGCAGAGAACACUGACAACCCGCUGAGGUGCCCUGUUCGGCUUUAUGAGUUUUACCUGUCAAAAUGUUCUGAGAGUGUGAAGCAGAGGAACGACGUGUUCUACCUUCAGCCAGAGCGCUCCUGUGUUCCCAACAGCCCCAUGUGGUACUCCACAUUCCCCAUAGACCCCGGAACCCUAGACACCAUGCUGACGCGCAUUCUCAUGGUGAGGGAGGUACAUGAAGAACUUGCCAAAGCCAAAUCUGAAGACUCUGAUGUUGAAUUAUCAGAUUAAGACGGAAGUAAGGCUCCUAUUUUCAUGCGCAUUGGUGUGCACCAAGCUGUGAAUGCACUCAGCUGGCGGAAAGAUGUAUAAAUCCGAGUCCUCUUGACUUGCUUGUGAGGUGUGAAAAACAGGCGGCUCCUGAGCCACAGUGUGGCUGCAAAUGAAGCCCAAAGGGAGGAGUGCGAAUGAAUUGGCAGGGAGAGAGUUCUUAGACACCUUCAAAUGACUAACCAGUUUCUGAGUGGUGCAUAAACUUAUUUUGUUUGGGAAUAAGAAAUUAUGGAAUAUUUUUAAGGAAAACUGUUGUAUAAAAUUCUACCAUAGUAACCUUAGUUAGAAGGGGGUAGCUUUGGAGUGAGGCCCUGGCUACAGUAGGCUGUUUGAGCAAGCUGUCCAUGAA